GUUCUUUUUAUGUGUAACUAAUGGAGACACGUAGAAAGAAACUUUCUCUAUAAAUAUAAGCAUGUGAUGCAAUAUAAUUUUGUGAUCGAGCACCUUUAUGUAUUGAUUGAAGGCCAUAAUUAGACAGAAUUUGCAGUAAUAUAAUGGCCCCAAUAUUAGUGAGCAUGGAAAUUGGAAAAGAUGGAAUUGCAAUUAUCAGAAUUUGCAAUCCUCCUGUUAAUGCAUUGACAUUUUCAGUGAUAGGUAGUUUAAAAGAGCAAUAUGAAGAAGCAGUGAAACGAAACGAUGUCAAAGCUAUAGUUUUAACUGGAGAUGACAAAUUUUGUGUUGGUCUUGACAUCAACAUCAUUCAGAAAGUUCAAAAGACUGGGGACACUUCAUUUCUACCGGAUGCAUCGGUUGAACUUGUGAUCGACACAAUUGAAAAUGGAAAGAAGCCUUCUGUUGCUGCUAUUCAAGGAUUCGCCCUUGGUGGUGGCUUGGAAUUGGCUAUGGGGUGUAGUGCUAGAAUAGCAACGUCGAGGGCUGAACUUGGUCUACCUGAAUUAAAGCUUGGACUUAUUCCUGGUUGUGGAGGCACUCAGCGUCUUCCACGGCUUGUUGGGACAUCAAAGGCCAUUGAGAUGUUGAUGUCAUCCAAGAUCAUUACCUCUGAAGAAGGGAAGGAGUUUGGUAUUAUCGAUGAUGUGGUAUCUUCUCAUGAAGACCUCUUAACAGUUUCUCGUCUCUGGGCAUUAGAUAUUGCAGAAGGGCGGAAACCCCGUACUCAUACACUUCAAAGGACAGAUAAAAUUAAACCUAUACAUGAGUCAUCUGCUAUCUUGGAAGUUCAAAGACAACAGGUUUUGAAGACUCCUCGAAGUAUGCCCCAUUAUAAAGUGUGCCUUGAUGUGAUAGAAGAAGGUAUCGUUUCAGGAGGAUAUGCUGGAGUUUUAAAGGAAGACAAGGUUUUCAGAGAACUAGUACUCUCAAAAUCCGCUAAAGCUCUGCUGCAUGCUUAUUUUGCUGAACGUGCAACAUCAAAGGUACCAGGCAUUACCGACUGUAAGAUUAAGCACCGAAAAAUAGAGAAGGUUGCUGUUAUUGGUGGUGGUUUAAUGGGCUCCGGUAUUGCCACAGCUCUUAUACUCAGUUCUAUACAAGUCAUUCUCAAAGAAAUUAACUUCGACUAUCUGCUAAAGUCACUCAAAUCAAUAGAAGUGAAUCUCCACAGCCUGGUGAAAAGAGGAGAGUUGUUAGAGAAGAAAAUGAAGAAAGCCUUUUCCCUCCUCAAAGGUGUUGUGGAUUAUGAAGAAUUCACAAAUGUAGACAUGGUCAUCGAGGCGGUAAAUGAGGAAGUAUUGUUGAAACAAUCAAUUUUUGAAGAAAUUGAGAAGAUUUGUCCUCCUCAUUGCAUAUUCGCGUCAAAUACAUCUACCAUUGAUCUUAAUGUAAUUGGAGCAAGGACAAAAUCUCAGGAUCGCAUUGUGGGCACACAUUUAUUCAGCCCUGCUCAUGUGAUGCCGCUCUUGGAAAUUGUACAGACGGAAAACACCUCUAAACUAGUAAUACUCGACGUUCUUAAAUUUGCUAAGAUCAUCCAAAAAAUUCCUAUAGUGGUGAAAAACUGCACCGGUUUUGCUGUCAAUCGGACAUUUUUCCCAUACAUGCAAGGAGCUGAGAUAUUGGCAAACUUAGGCGUUGAUGUUUUCAGAGUUGAUCGAGUAAUCACUGAAUUUGGCAUGCGAAUUGGACCUUUCCAGCUUUUCGACUUGUCUGGAUAUAGUAUAUUUCUGGCAUCAGUCAAGGAGUUCGCUGCAGCAUUUCCAGAUCGCACUUUCCAGUGUCCAUUAGUUCAACUUAUGAUGGCAAAUGGCCGUACAGGCAAGAAAAACGGACGAGGCUACUACUUAUAUAAGAAGGGAAAGAUCCCUGAACCAGAUCUCUCUGUGUUGAAAAUAGUUGAAGAGUCUAGGAGACUUGCAAGCAUUAUGCCGGGGGGAGAGCCAAUAUCUGUAAUGGACCAAGAAAUUGUGGAAAUGUUGUUUUUCCCUGUGGUCAAUGAGGCGUGCCGAGUAAUUGAGGAAGGAGUUGUUCUAAGAGCAUCAGACCUUGAUGUUGCUUCUAUCCAUGGGAUGAAGUUCCCUUCAGAGAGGGGAGGUAUUAUGUAUUGGGCAGAUUCAAUUGGAGCAGAGUACAUAUAUGCAAGGCUGAAAUAUUGGUCAAAAGCAUAUGGUAAUUUCUUCCAGCCAUCACAAUUCUUGCAAGAGAAGGCCACCAAAGGCAUACCAUUAUUGGAACUAUAGCUUUAAAUAUUCGAAGACGAUUAUAUAAUAACGUUAUCAACGUAGUUGAGGCCGACUAUAUGAAUUCGUACCAUCAAUGUAGUCCUAUUUGGAUAUGUUUGAUUAUAAUAUGCAAUAAUCUAAGGUUGUCUAAUUGAUGUAAGGUUAAUACCUUGAUGCGAUGAGUCUCGCAUUUCUAAA